UGACUCACUGAAUCAGGCUGCUCGAAUGAAUCGAUUCACUGAACGGAAUCGUUGACUCGAAGACUCGAACUUGCCACCACUGUAAAUCUAUUGCCCCAAGGAAGAGGAGUAGCCCACACCCUUGCUCGCGAGGCGGAAGACGACCCUCGGCGUCACGCGAGUUGCCGAGAGGAGGAAGAAGAGGAGAAGGAGGAGGCGGAGGAGGAAGAGGAGGAAGGAGAGCAGCUCUCAGUAUGGUCGCUGCUUGACCGCUUGCCUCGCGCACUCGUUCCGCCAAGGCAGCUCCCCAAGAAAACGCACAGGUUAUGCCACCCCACAGGCUGACUGGAAACCCAACCGUCAAAGAGAAGGGCUGAUCUCAGACCCCCCCAAACUCCUGCUGCUGUGCCCCCCCCUGUCCCCAUGGCGACAGGAGGCCAUGCCCCCGAGACAGAUGUGUUGAUCAACCUGCAUCAGGUUCUGGCUGAGGAGGAGAAGGGCUCCACAGAAGGUCUGGAGGAUGAAGACUGGGAGAGGGCUCUGUCUGUGGAGCGGUUUGGGGACAUCAUUACUGAGUCAGGCACUAAUGGUGCAGAAAAAAUGGGCCGCAGCUACAAUGAGAAGGACUUUGAAUACCACCGCCACACAUUCCACCACACCCACCACCCCCUGUCCACCCACCUCCCCCCGCAGCGCUUCAGGAAGAGGGUACUCAGUAUGGACCGCCGGCGCAAAAAGAAACGCAAGAAAAAGAAGACGUCCAUGCCUCCCUCUGAGGUCACACCCACUAUCCAUGAAGUAGACGAAGAGGAGGCGGAGUCUGAGCCAGAAGGACAAGGCCAAAUGACCACACCCACUGAGACCACUGAGCAACAGAUGCAGUUUAGUUUGGGGAGUGAAGAAGAGUUGGUGCCCCCCUUUCCUCUCACAAGUUUCCACAUAGAGAGUGAAAGACCCCCCAGCCCAGAGCAGCCCACUGCCAGUACAAUUGGAGCACAGGAGGGGGAGCCACAUGACAAGCACGAAGAAGAAGAAGAGGAGGAAGAAGAAGUGUCAAAUAGGUUUAGCCUGUCUCCAGAGCUGGCCAGUAUGACCACCCGGGGCUGGUUCCGGCGGAAGCCCGUCCACCGGCUGACUGGAGCCCAGCGCACCAGCUAUGACCUGAGGGAACGCAUUUGCAUCGGCAGCAUGACAGCCAUAGAGACUGCGGUUUACCAGAAAGUGCCCACAGACGAAGCAGAGGCCCAGAUGCUGGCCACUGCUGACCUGGAUGACAUGAAGAGUCACCGGUUUGAGGACAACCCCGGGGUGAGACGACACCUGGUCAAGAAGUCGUCUCGUUGCCAGGUCACUCGGACCAGCAACAGCUCUCCGCCUCUGUCCAGCCUGAAGAAGAGGAAGAAGAUGGACAAAAAGACUCAUGAGGUCUUUGUGGAGCUGAAUGAGCUGAUCGUGGAUAAGAACCAGGAGAUGCGCUGGAAGGAGACGGCUCGGUGGAUCAAGUUUGAAGAGGAUGUAGAGGAGGAGACAGACCGCUGGGGAAAACCCCACGUGGCCUCGUUGUCCUUCCGCAGUCUGCUGGAGCUCCGCAGGACCAUCACACACGGUGCCAUAAUGUUAGACCUGGACCAGACCACACUGCCUGGCAUUGCCCACUUGCUUGUGGAGACCAUGAUCAUCUCAGACCAGAUCAGAGCUGAGGACCGGGCCAACGUGCUUCGUGCUUUGCUGCUCAAACACAGUCAUCCCAAUGAUGAGAAGGAUGGCCUCUUCCAUCGCAACCAUUCAGUCAACAGUCUGGGAAGCUUGCGUCACAACCACAACCAUGUCCACGACACGAGCUUGCCUCUGGUAUCUGAGGACCACAGCGCGACACACGACACUAAAGCUGCAGAGCAUGACAAAGAGAAAAACAUGCACCCCAUUCCUGGUGAGGCCCAUGCUGCAGCCAGAUCUUUGAAACUACUGGCAAAAAUCCCCAAGGAUGCUGAGGCCACACUGGUUUUAGUGGGCUGUGUGGAGUUCCUGGAGCAGCCUGCUAUGGCAUUUGUGAGGCUGAACGACGCAGUUAUGUUGGAGUCAGUGCUGGAGGUCCCAGUUCCUGUGCGGUUCAUAUUUGUGCUCCUUGGCCCCAGCCAAACCAACAUAGACUACCAUGAGAUCGGACGCUCUUUCUCAACACUCAUGUCCGACAAGAACUUCCAUGAGGUGGCCUACUUUGCUGAUGACCGGCAGGAUCUGCUAAAUGGCAUAAAUGAGUUUCUGGACUGCAGCAUUGUGAUUCCUCCCUCUGAUGUAGAGGGCAAAGACCUACUGAAGACAGUGGCCUCAUUCCAGAAGAUGAUGCUACGCAAGCGCAAGGAGAGAGAGAAUAAGAAAUGUUUGAGCACUGUGGUGGGACCUGAUCAGGAGACUAAAGAUCCAGGUCGAGAUGACCCAGAGGAGGAGGAGGUGGAAGUGGACCCGCUGAAGCGCUCUGGUAUUCCAUUUGGGGGUCUCCUCCAUGACAUUCGGCGCCGCUACCCGCACUACAUCAGUGACCUGAAGGAUGCACUGGACUCUCAGUGCAUUGCUGCUGUCAUUUUUAUCUACUUUGCUGCCCUCUCACCCACCAUCACGUUCGGAGGACUACUAGGGGAAAAGACACAAGGUAUGAUGGGGGUCUCAGAGCUCAUUAUUUCCACGGCAGCAGUUGGGGUGCUGUUCUCUCUGCUGGCAGGACAGCCGCUGCUCAUUAUUGGCUUCUCUGGGCCUCUCCUUGUGUUUGAGGAGGCCUUCUACAAGUUCUGCCAGGCACAGGGCUUCGAGUACCUCACAGGACGAGUGUGGAUCGGCUUCUGGCUCAUCUUUAUCGUGCUGGUGAUCGUAGCAGCUGAAGGCAGCUUCCUUGUGCGCUACAUUUCACCCUUCACUCAGGAGAUCUUCGCUUUCCUCAUCUCCCUCAUCUUCAUCUGUGAAACCUUUUCCAAACUCGUCAAGGUAUUCCAGGAGCAUCCACUGAUGAGGAGCUACCCAACCUCUCCAGGCCUUCCAGCCCUGAGAUUCCCAGAAGCGCCUGAGCACAGUGUACUGAUUGAAGGCCCGAUCCUAAACCAGCCAAACACGGCCCUGCUCUCUUUCGUGCUCAUGCUGGGAACCUUCUUCGUGGCCUUUUUCCUCAGAAAGUUUCGCAAUAGUCGCUUCCUCGGUGGCAAGGCCAGGAGAAUCAUUGGAGACUUUGGCAUUCCCAUCUCUAUUCUACUGUCUGUGGUAGUGGACUAUUUAAUCCCUGACACUUAUACGCAGAAACUGAACGUGCCCUCUGGUUUCUCAGUCACAUCUCCUGACAAACGAGGCUGGUUCAUCAGCCCAUUCGGAGACAAACAGCCUUUCCCCACAUGGAUGAUGGGAGCCGCCGUGGUGCCCGCCCUUCUCGUCUUCAUCCUCAUCUUCAUGGAAACACAGAUCACAACGCUGAUAGUGAGUAAGAAGGAGCGCCGAUUGAUUAAGGGCUCCGGCUUCCACUUGGAUCUGCUGUUGAUCGUGAUUCUGGGGGCAAUAUGCCCACUGUUUGGCCUUCCUUGGCUAACAGCUGCCACCGUACGCUCAGUAACCCACGUCAAUGCUCUGACAGUCAUGAGCAAGGCUACUGCACCUGGAGAAAAGCCCAUGAUCCAGGAAGUCAAAGAGCAGAGAGUGACUGGCAUGUGUGUGGCCAUACUUGUGGGCCUGUCCAUUGUGAUGACGGACGUGUUGCGUCAUAUUCCUCUGGCUGUUCUGUUCGGAAUCUUUCUGUACAUGGGUAUCACCUCUUUAACUGGCAUUCAGCUGUAUGAGCGCAUCACACUCAUGGUCACCCCUGCAAAACACCACCCUGACCACAUCUAUGUCACCAAGGUGAAGACGUGGCGUAUGAACAUGUUUACCAUCAUCCAGCUGUUUUGUAUAGUGCUACUGUGGGUGGUGAAGUCCACUGUGGCGUCCCUGGCCUUCCCCUUCAUCCUCAUCAUGACUGUGCCGCUUCGCAGACUCAUCCUUACCAGAAUCUUUGAGGAGAGAGAGCUGGCAGCGUUGGACGCAGAUGAAGACACACCCAAUUUUGAUGAAGACGGACGUGAUGAGUACAACGAGAUUCACAUGCUUGUAUAGAGACAGCUCUCUGAGAGAUGUUCCGGAGGUCCAUGCUACACUGACCAAUAAAAGACAAGCCACACUGCUUUGUCUGUAAAGGUGACAAUAACCAAGAGGCUUAGUGAGGAACUCAUAAUCCACUCAUCUUCAGGAUAUGUACAUUGAAAUAUUGUAUUUAUUCUAUGUAAAAUAGAGAAAUGGAUGCAGACAAUUGACACGAUUUAGAUACCAUGUGUUGUUGCCAUUGUUAUUUAUUUAUUUAUUUAUUUAUUUAUAUAUUUUUAAAAAGCCGUCUUUAUUUCCUCAAAGAAGUGGCCUCCCCGAGUCUUGCUGAUGCCCUAUGACUCUUUGACUGAAAGACACCGAAUGGACCAUGCACCUUAAACCAUGUCAUUUAAGAGACUUUUCCGUACUGGCUGCACGGAAGUGAAUAAUCCAAUCUAGUAUGGCCUAAGUAGACAGCAUAUGUCUCCCCCAUUAGAAGCCCACUGCCUGUAGAUCUGAGUUGCCUUUUCUUCUGUACUGUAGGCAUUGGCCACAGGGUCUGAAUCACUUUUUAGUAGCACCUCAAGUUCAGAACCCUCAGGUUGGUUUAAUGCAUUUUUCUGUGCAAUCCUUUCGCUUGAAUGCAGUACUGCUGUCCCUGUAGAUGCGAGCACAAGUGACAUUUCUUUAGUUGCGUUGUGAACCCACCUCUGGAUGGACUGGUGUAGAGGGUUGACCUUAAACCUUAAGCUUAUUAUUGAUUUUGGGUUUUUUUUUUUUUUGCCAUGAAGCUCUCUGAUGAUCAGCGUUAUUCAUUAUUCAGAGCACCACUUCCUUCUAAACAGAGAUGCACUGAUAAGGGCAUUUUUUUAAAGAGAGCUUAGGAGAUGUAGAACAUUGUUUUAUUGGUGUGUAGAAGCAUACCAUUAGGUUGGACUGAAGAGGUUAGGUUAUACUACACUCAUACUUUAUUUAUUGUGUGUUUAUAAUGUGACCUUUUUAGAGAUUUGGUACUUUAUGUUACAUUUCUUGUUACAUAUAUGUUAAAUGGGGACAGUUAAAGCCAUAGUAUACAAGUUUAAGUUAAUUGAGAUGUAUAGAGUUGUUUCAAUUAAUCCAAUGGCUGUCAAAAUGCAAAUGUUAAUGGAUGCACUUAACACAAUAGCUUAAACUAGAAGCAAAAGCAUUUGACACCUCUACAUUCUGCUGCCAAAUCAGGGUCACUGAGGAAACUUGGUCUUGUUGCCAUCCAUUAAACUUUAACUAGUUUAAAGGAAGUGCAUGACCUUUUAAAAUCCACAUCGCAGCACAGCCAACAGAUCCAUGCUAUUUUGCAAUGGACGCUCAAGGUCUGUGUAAUUACUUAUCUCGCUUUGUCUUUUUUAGAGAAAAGAAGCUUUAGUGAUGCCAGCGAUAUUUCGUAGGUAUUGCAGUUCUGUGCAAAGCCAGAAACCACACUUCAUUUCUCUAAUCUCAGUCAACACGGCCAUUAACUACAAGUAAUUCAUUGUGCAUGACACUUCAGAGAAGAUUAGAUAUAAAUAAAUCCACUCUAAUCAAGAAAAGCCCACAGAAAAACAGGAGUUUCUACAACUGGAGUUCUAGAAAUUAUUAGAAAAUUUUGACAAAAUGGUACUUAAAACAACCAUGCAAGACCUACUGGACCACCAGCUUAUGCUGGGAGAAAAUUGAGCUCCACUUUUGCUUUAAAUCUGAAAAAAGUCCACGUUUCUGUCCAUCCUUCCACUGUGAGAGAACUCAAUGCUAUGAGUCUGAAAGGAUGUGUAGCUGUUAAGAAGCAGUUACUGAGAAAAGAACAUUGACAAAAAAGAAGACAAUUUAUAUUAGAACACUGAAUUUGGACAUAUGAGAUGUGGAGUUUUAUGAACUGAUGAGUCUAAUUUUGUAUUGUGUGAAGCAGAAAAUGCGACCAAUUUCUAAGACUGAACUUUGGAAGUGUAAAAAGCUUUCCUGCUGAUUGACAAUGUGAAAGCAAGUCACUAAAAAAAGAAUGAGAGCUGUGAUAAAGAGAAAUACUGUCUUCUGUGUAAAUUUCUGUUAAAUAUAUUUUCUACUUUUUUGACACUGACAAAUGAACUGCGUGCUUAGAGGCUGUGUUGACUGGAAAAGAAAAAUAAAUAGCGACUUUUGCCCAGUACUGUAUAUUUCAUGUCGGAUAACACAUUAAGGCUAAUCUCUAAAUGCCGAACCACAAUUCCCUGCAGAGAGAGCGAGCUGAGAAUGGCAUUAGAGAAGGUUGCCCUUUAGACUGUAAAUAACGUUGUGUCCAUGUUCCAGUUGAUUGUGUUGCGUGACUGUGUACAUUACGCAAACCUCAAGAGCCCAGCUUCCCAGACCUGGUUCACUUUCCCACAGGCCGUUACACUGAAGGAUUUUUUUUUUUUACUUAAUUUGAACCAGUUUUAGUGUGGUUAUUGUGUAAUGACAAUAUUACCUACUACUAUAAAUACAUGUUUUAGUAAAACACAGAACCAAAUGCUGCUACACACUCAGACCGUCAGUCUGUCGCAGAAGCCUGUGGUGAAACUUUAGGUGUCAUGACUACUAAUUCCGUACUCUUCUAACUGAAACUGAGCUGAACACUGUGUUGAUGCCAAAAUCAGUAGUGUGUGAUGCUGAAUGGCUUUUCACUUUUGCUGUGAGGAAUAUAUUGUGGCCAGCUGGGCCGUACAGUAACUACAGAAUCAGUGGUUCAGCUUUGGCGGAGACGUGACGCACCUGCAGUUAGAGCAAUGGACAGUGCAUAUAAGCACCACAUUUGAAUGUUGUUAUUAGGUCCCUUUGGUUUCUGCUGCAUGAUGUUUGGUGCUUUAUUAUACUUGCACUCUUAGAGAUACAACACUGCCACCACAUUGCCUCUGUCGAGCCUGCUUGGCUCUUUUUCCUUAUGAGAAACACUGACUUCCACAGAAAGCACUGUGGUCACUGACUCUGUGAAACGGACUCCGUCCCUUCUGUCUACCGAGAGGCAGCAUGACAAACAGAAAACACAGCACGUCCGUCUGAUAUAAUCCAUUUAGCUCUUCUGUGAAAUUUUCCACUUGAAAAUGCAGGGCUCUUAUACAAGCAAAAUCACUUGAGAUGUAUUAUAUAAGGUAGGGGUGUCCAGCUUUUGUCUUGAAGGACUUUAGUCUAGCACAGGUGAUUUUCCCGACCAAACCCACCACGGGUGAUUUACCUGACCAAACCCACCUCAUUCAACCAUUUUUUGGGAUUUGAUCGAUCACUAAACAUUGGUCACCAGUGGUCACAUGUAUAAAGCAUCUUUUGUGAGUUGUGGCCUUAAUCAUUAGGGUAAAGGUUGUGCUUUAACCUUAAGUAGGUUGCAUAAAAUCUCUUAAAGGAAAUGUUUAAGUGGAAAGUAAAUAAUUUACUAGUACAUAUGAUUUCUGCCACUGUGCAGUUGAAAAAACCUGCCACUGUAUCAAAAGUGCUGUAUAAAUAGACAAUAAUGGACAUUGAAAUGUACAGCUCUAAAUUUAUUACUUAAGUAUUUAACUAAAAGAUGUUUUAUGCAAGGAACCACACCCUUCAGGACCACAACUGGAUGGAAUUGAUUUUUAGGGGACUCAUUUAUUAUGGCCCAACUAAUGUGAACAUUUUGUGAACAAUGCCUAUUUUAAGGAGCUAACAACUCUAAUAACUAAUAACUAUAUAAUAUAGCCAUUAUGAUUUUAUAUGGUCAAAAAAUCAGACUGAUCAUUUUAUUUAGAUUUACUUUAGUUUGAUUGGCAUUUCUAAUUUCUUAAACUCACAGCUAAUAAAGUCUGAAAUAAUAUACUUUUUUAAAAUAUUGGACCUUAAUAUUGGCCAAUAUUAUCGGCCAAAUGAUAUAUCGGUUGGGCCCUGUAAUUUAUAGUUGCGUGACAAGUCUGCAUGUUCUUUUUGUACAUGUCGUGCUGGCAGUUUAGGACUUGCACCAUUUCUCUUAAAACGUGUUAUGAUAGAGCACUAUCAACACACACACAUUUUAAGUUUGAAUGAACCGAUACCACAGGUGUUCCCCGUAGCCUCUGGCGCAGGCGUGACAGGCUGAACACAUGAAGUAGAGUGCUGGAGACUCUGUUGCACUUGACCCCUAAUACAGUUGCCUCUCGAUACUUUGCACUGGGCCAUUGUGUGCUUGUAAUAAUGUGUCUGCCAUGAGAGCAAGCAGCUUGCGGAAUGACACCAGCGGUGCUUGGACACGGCACGUACAGGAAUGGCCUAAAUCAAUGGAUGGGGAACAAAAGGGGCUCUUGAAGAGGUGGCUAUUGUGAGUACAGCUGACAUGUCUCAGGCAGCGCUGGUGGUUUCCAAGGCUGCAGACAGGUUGCUCAUCCAAAUGGCCAGACAAUCUGCAGGGUUACUGUUUGGGGUGGAUGUUUCACAAGCAGAGUGUGUGCUGAGGAUAACACCUGUGCGGACAUGCAGGGAGCUCUCGGCCUUUUCAGGGUCAUGCUAUAGUGUGUGCACGGUAUGUGGGGUGCAUGUGGAUGUGUUAAAAAAGAAAACAUUCAGCAUGGAAAAGAAUUCGGAAGUGGGGGUAUUAUUUGAGAUAAUAAAAAGGCACAGGACAGCCAUUUCCUACUUGUGGCUUUUCACAUGUUGGACCAAGGAGAUGAAAAAUAAAUAGUUUGAAUGAUGGUGAAAGAACUUGGCAUGGCAUAUACUCAGAGAUGGGGUUCAGUGGCCUAUACCACCCUAGUUGUGCGGACCACCCAUCCAAAUCCUCCAAACGGUGUUAUUGUUUAACGUUGAGUCUGAAUUCUCGUACUUUCAGUUUCCUCUCAUUUCCUUUAACGCUGUAGACUCUGAAUGUGUGUUUCAUAGAGCCCUAAUGCCCAUUAAGAGUAAGUAAUGACAAUCAGAAAUGGACAGAGUCAGACUGUAUUAUUCCCACAGGUAGUCUUCUACAGUAUAUGCAGGAGUCAAACCACCAGGCCCAGCAGCAGGCCAAGAUGGGACCAACAGAAAAGUGCAAAAGCAAACAUGUGGGCUGGUGCUUUUUCUCUAACAGCCAUUUUUAGUCAGCUUUAAACAGUGCAUUAGACUGAGUGUGAAUGGAGUGAUAUAUACCGUGGCAAUAUUCAGAGUGUAACACAUUGAGAUUGAGCAUGUAAAGGGACGUGCUUACCUCUGUCACUUUUAAAUACACAUGGUAUAAAUCCUAACUUCUGUCUGUAACUUAGACCUUGAAAAGGUGUUCCCUCUUUAUAGCACUUUUGGCACUUAAGAACAAAUAUUGGUACGAAGGAAGGAAAAAGAUCACACUGGGAUUUCUAUGAAGAAAUGAUUUUUGGUUUUCAUAAAUGCAGCACUCAUGGGUCAAUACAAUGUCCUCAUGUCAAAACUUUGUCCCAAACAAACCUCUUGUAGAACUCUUGUGUUGCCUGGUUGUAACUAAGAGGUGUUUGUCUGUCAAAAAAAAGAAAAAAAAAAAGAAAAAGACAAUUUACAGACAUUUUACAGUUUUGAGUUCUUAUGGUAAAUAAUGUAUUACUUUAGCUUUAGCAAUACUGAGAAAAUACUGAUGUGGAUAUUUUAAUAGCAGUGCCAAUUGCUAUUACUGUAAAAAAGAAGAAAAAAA